UUGUGAUUCUCUCCUCCUCUCCUCCUCUUGCCCCCCCCAACGAAGCUCUUCCUGUCUUCCUUCCAUUCUUUAUCAACACCAUUCGUUGUUGUUUAGAGCCCCUUAGAACUGCCCCGAGUCCCAAGAUGUUUUACUAAGUCCACCCCGAGUCCUUCCUUUGGCAUGAUCCGGACCCCGCUCCCUCAUCCUGUAGCUGGAGCUCCUACGACCUUUACGCUUUCUGCCCGCCCUAAGAGGAGCCCCCCCUCCGUCCCCCGGAAUUAUUAAGUUUCCACAGGCCAUCACCAACCCAGCGCCUGACAUCGAGGAUCGUUCAGGGCAAGGUUGCGCUUGUGUGGAUUCUACUGCACAGCAGUAGACCUGCGCUUACCUUCUUGCGACAUCGUUCCUCCCCCGUCCCCCUCCUUCCCUUCCACAGCUGACGACAAUAUGUCAAACCCCGCGCAACCAUACGAUUCUCGACGGGCAACUAUCUAUAGCCGUCAACCGGAGGAGCUUCAUAUUCCGUCGGGAGGCUUGAAUACAGGCAGCCUGCCGCGACCAUCGGCUUCGCACGAAUACCCUACAAGCCCGGAUAGUCACGUUCCAUCUAUCAACAUUCAUCCGUCGAGCUCUCAGCCCAAUCAGUAUGGAAGUGGGAAUGGUGGUGUAGGUGGAGCUCUUCCGGGCGCCCUGCAGCCAGGAAAUGCCAACCGCCCACCUGCAGUGUCGGUGAAUACCGCCCCCUCCGUCCUCCCUACCCUCCCUCAGUUGUCGACACAGCUGCAACAGCAACCCCAGCAACCCCAGCAACAACCUCCGUCGAGCACCCCUCGUUCCAACAUGGCCAAUUCCCAAGCGCACUCCCGUUCAAGCCCUGUUGGCUUUGAACAGAAAUAUAAACCGCCUGGGUCCUCCCCAGGAGCUGCAUAUCCUCCAACUCCGCAAGGGGCCAAAUAUUCUCCUCUUGGAUUGGCGGAUAUUCGCCCAUCCGGAGACCUAUUGAAUGACCCCAUCAUAAGUCAGAGUACAUUGCCAUUCAAUGGGACGGAAAAUCAGGUACCGACCAAUAGCAAUUAUAUUACUCCCUGGCCCAUAUAUGCCGUGGAUUGGUGUAAAUGGCCGAUUUCCGGGAACUCGGGCUCUUUCGGCGGCAAAAUCGCGCUGGGAAGCUAUUUGGAGGACCAUCACAACUAUAUACAAAUCAUCGAUACACACAUGGCCCAACCAGACCCUGAUACCCCCGAUGCCGCCGCUGGGGAGGUGAAGCUGGAAUACGUAAAGACCGCAGAGGCCACUCAUUCCUACCCCGUUACGCGUAUUCUUUGGGAGCCACCAUCCUCCCAGAAACAAUCUACGGACCUUCUAGCAACCUCCGGAGAUCAUCUCCGACUCUGGUCCCUACCAAGCUCGCAGCCUAUACAAACUUCCAACUCCAUCACACGAUCGGCAAACCAGGGGGUUAUGCCCACGGCGAAACUCUCGCCAUUGGCGUUGCUUUCCAACUCCAAGUCGCCCGAGCACACUGCUCCUAUCACUUCCCUGGACUGGAACACAAUUUCCCCGAGUUUGAUUAUCACUUCCAGCAUCGACACUACGUGCACGAUCUGGGAUAUCCCUACCCUAACUGCCAAAACUCAACUGAUUGCACACGACAAGGAAGUGUACGACGUUCGAUUUUGCGCGAAUAGCGUCGAUGUAUUCGUCAGCUGUGGUGCUGAUGGUAGUGUGCGCAUGUUUGACCUGCGCAGCCUGGAGCAUAGCACAAUUAUCUAUGAACCAACGGAGAAAAAUGAGAAAUGUAUGCUUAUCCAUAUGGCUGCAUGUCAAAUGCUGACCCGUAAUUCUCUAGUGAUGAGCCCCGGCAACGGCAGUCCCUCCACACCAGCAACUAUAUGGCCUCCGCCCCUUCUGCGGAUUGCGGCAUCACCUCACGACUCCCACCUCUUGGCAACAUUCUCCCAAGAUUCCAACAUUGUCCGAGUUCUCGACGUGCGCCAGCCUGGUCAAGCGCUCCUUGAACUCAAAGGUCACUCAGCUUCCCUGAAUUGUGUGGAGUGGUCCCCCAAUCGACGUGGUGUUCUUGCUUCCGGUGCCGACGACUGCUUUGUCCUACUAUGGGACCUCAUCAACCAGCACAAUGCCACUCCUGUCCCGCCAGUCGUCCACAACCCUGGUGCACCAUCCACAACCACGGAACGUGGCCCUGCAGCCGCCUGGAAAUGUGAUUAUGAGGUCUCCAACAUCAGCUGGUCUCCGCAAGGAGGUAACACAAAUUCUGGACAUCCGCGCGAUUGGCUAGGAGUCUGCGGAGGACGAGGGGUUUGGGGAGUCGCUUUAUGAGAAAAAAAAAAGUCUUUAUCCUAUCCUAUCCUAUCUAUGUAUUAGAUACAUAUCAAAUUCCCCACGCCCUUUUUUUUUUU